AUGAAGAACAAGGGUGCCAAGCAGAAGCAGAAACGUAAGGGAGCCGCCAGCGCCUUUGGCUGCGACCUGACCGAGUAUCUGGAAAGCUCCGGACAGGAUGUUCCAUAUGUACUGAAGAGCUGCGCAGAAUUUAUUGAGACUCACGGCAUUGUGGAUGGAAUUUAUCGGCUUUCAGGAGUCACCUCAAACAUACAGAGACUAAGGCAAGAGUUUGGCUCAGAUCAAUGUCCAGAUCUGACAAGAGAAGUGUACCUCCAGGAUAUCCACUGUGUGGGCUCACUCUGCAAGCUCUACUUUAGGGAACUGCCCAACCCCCUCUUGACUUAUGAGCUCUAUGAGAAAUUCACGGAGGCCGUGUCACAUAGUCCUGAAGAAGGCCAGCUGGCCAGAAUUCAGAAUGUUAUCCAGAAGCUUCCCCCAUCCCAUUAUAGGACCUUGGAAUACCUGAUUCGACACCUGGCUCACAUUGCCUCAUUCAGCAGCAAGACCAACAUGCAUGCAAGGAACUUGGCGCUGGUGUGGGCACCAAACCUCCUCAGAUCUAAAGAGAUUGAAGCCACUGGUUUUAAUGGAGAUGCAGCCUUCCUUGCUGUUCGGGUCCAGCAGGUGGUGAUUGAGUUUAUCUUGAAUCAUGUGGAGCAAAUCUUCAAUGGAGGUGCCCCUGCAUCUCUGGGGAAUGAUGAAAACCGGCCCAUCAUGAAGAGUUUGACCUUGCCAGCCCUCUCCUUGCCCAUGAAGUUGGUGAGCCUAGAAGAAGCCCAGGCCCGAAGCCUGGCAACCAACCACCCAGCUCGGAAGGAACGAAGGGAGAAUAGCCUUCCUGAGAUUGUUCCUCCAGUGGGCACUCUCUUCCAUACUGUCCUGGAAUUGCCAGACAGCAAGAGAAAGCUUUCCAGCAAAUCAAAGAAGUGGAAAUCAAUUUUUAACCUGGGACGUUCUGGAUCAGAAUCCAAAUCAAAGCUGAGUAGAAAUGGGAGUGUAUUUGUGAGAGGACAGAGGCUCUCAGCAGAAAAAUCUACUAUCCGACCUGCUAAAAGUAUGGACUCUCUGUGCUCAGUUCCUGUGGAAGGGAAAGAAACCAAAGGAAAUUUCAACCGAACAGUCAACACUGGUGGAUUUUUCAUUCCAGCAACAAAAAUAAAUUCUACUGGCACUGGCAGCUCCUGUGACCUCAGCAAGCAGGAGGGUGAUUGGGGUCAGGAGAGAAUGCCUGCAGGGGCAGAGGGGGGAUUUGACAUGAGUAGCGACCAAAACCAACUCCAGAACACUCAGGUCCGUUCCCCACCUGAGCAGCUAAAGGUUUUUCGACCCAUUGAGGAUCCAGAGAUUGAACAAACAGCCCCAAAGAUGCUAGGUAUGUUCUACACAUCCAACGAUAGCCCCAGCAAAUCUGUGUUCAGCAGUAGCUUGUUCCAGAUGGAGCCCUCGCCCCGGCACCAACGAAAGGCUCUGAAUAUCUCUGAGCCCUUUGCUGUGUCUGUACCACUCCGCGUGUCUGCUGUCAUCAGCACCAACAGUACCCCAUGCAGAACACCUCCAAAGGAGCUGCAGUCUCUUUCCAGCCUGGAAGAGUUUUCUUUUCAGACCUCAGACAGUGGAUGCUGGCCUGAAGAAGAGAAGCCACUGGGAUCUGAGAUGUCAACAGCUGCUGUGCCAAAGAAGGCAGCUCUAGAGGAAGCCAAGCUGAUAUCUGAGGCUGAGAAGCCAGUGGAGGUCAAUAAAAGCCUUUCCCAGGAGCUGAGCCCCCAACUGGAGGAGAAGAAAACCUCAGACAUCUCCCAGGAUUCUCAUCAUCCAAGUGGAUCAGAAAAGAAGCUGGAUCUAGAGAAGGUGGAGGAGGAUGGAAAGGCUGCCCAGGAAGAACCUGGUGCUCUGCAGGAGAAUCCUGGGACCAAAGCUGGAACAGGAUUUCUCCAUGAGACGGAUGAAGAUGAUCUAGGUAACACCCAGACCUGGCCCGAGAUUCAACAGGAACUCAAAAUCAUUGAAUCUGAAGAGGAGCUCUCCUCCUUGCAACUGACCACUUUACAGGCCAGCACAACCCAGCCAGUUCAUAGGGCCAGUUCCAGCCCCUUGGCUUCACCAAACCCUCCUGAGAGUUCAACCUGUGGCUCCAUCCUUGCACCAGUCUCCUCCACUCUGGAAAACAGGACCAAUCAGAACACAGAGGGAGCUUCUAUAGCAUCCAAUAGAGAGGAGCCUGGGGGAAAAGGAUCUGAACCGGAGAAGUGCUGGCACCCAGAUUCCACUAGCUUGCCUCCUCUAGAGCUUGUGUCUUUUGAGAUGAUUUCUCCACAAGUCAGGACAGAGGAGCGAGAUCCAGGGAAUCUGUCGCCUGUGUUUCCACCUGCUUUAAAGGAAGCAUCUCGAGUCGAGCCAACAAAGGACAGCAUUGAGAAAGAAAACUCUUCCACAAUUUUGAGGCCAGAUCCAUAUAUAGACCAGGCCACGUCCAAAGACAGCCCUGAAAGCCUCAGCCUUUGCCCGGGACAAUGUGAUAAGCAAGAUUUAAAGGACGGUGUUCCUGAAGGAAAAAGCUCCAGCUCUCCUAAGGCAACUAAGGAGGUUGAGAUCUCCUCGCCUAGAGAGGGGGAUGUAGCCCCUUCAGUCCAGGAGCCCUCAGACUGUGAUGAAGAUGAUGCUGCAACUGAUGUGGCCCAACACGGCCUGGAGAUGGUGGAGCCUUGGGAGGAGCCCCAGUGGGUGACAAGUCCUCUUCACUCCCCCACCUUGAAAGAGGUGCAAGAAACCCACAUGCAAGGCCCUCUGGCUUACCGAUUGGAGAAGAGGCUUUCCCACAGGCCCAGCCUUCGCCAAAGCCAUUCUCUAGAUAGCAAGAUCAUGGUGAAAAGCCAGUGGACUCUUGAGAGUCCCUCCUCUAGCAGCUGUGCUAAUCUUGAAAUAGAGAGGAUUUCUGACCUUCUUCAAUCCGUGGCCCCCAGGAAAGAGAUUACUGGAUGGGAUGAGAUGAUCUUGAGGUCCUUCAGAGAGUUCUCUGGCCUCAAAGGAACACAGGCCCUUCCUAGCCAGAAAGGACAAGAUGGUGUGCAGCCCAAGGCACCAGGAACCAACUCUGUGGGCCUAGCACCAGCAGAGAGAAAGGAACAGGGAGUACACCUGGAACACAACCACCCUCAGACUGACCAAGGUAGUGAUCCUGGGCCAGAGAGCAGCCAGGAGAGCUCCCCAAGUGUUCAGGAAAACAUAUCCCCCAGAGAACAUUCCCCCAAGUUACAGAUGAAGAGCACGGAGUGUGGAACUACCAAAGGAAAAAAUAGGCCUUCUUCCCUCAACUUGGAUUCUGCCAUCCCCAUCACUGACCUUUUCCAGUUUGAGAAUGUGGCCUCGUUUGUUUCACCUGGAAUGCAGCACUCUGUGCUAAGGGGCCCAAAGGGUGCCGGGAUGACCUCCUCUUGUCAAGGAGACUCCUGGAAGAUUUACCCUCCAAGCCCUCAGGAUCUGGACAUUGUCGCACAUGCCCUGACAGGCCGCCGUAACUCGGCUCCUGUGAGUGUGUCAGCUGUGAGAACCUCCUUCAUGGUCAAAAUGUGCCAGGCUAAGGCAGUGCCAGUCAUCCCACCUAAGAUUCAAUACACACAGAUCCCACAGCCUCUGCCCUCUCAGAGCACAGGAGAGAAUGGGGCCCAGCCUCUGGAGGUAAGCCAGGAAGAACCCAGUUCAGCUGGGGCCACUUCUCAGAAAUCUCCCCAUGGUGAUCCUCUGUCCUCCCUGGAAAGCCCAAAGGAAGACAAAUCAAAAGAGAAUAUGGGAACCAACAAGUCAUUGCCAGCAGAUGCCCCUCCAAACCGUGUAUGUGAGGGACCCAAUCUUUCUCCAGAGCCAGACACAGCUCACCUGCCCUCCACCCAGGACACCAUGAUGCAAUGCAGAAAGCGCACCUCAGAGACAGAGCAACCUGGGGACAACCUUUCUUCAAAAAUGGAACGACCAUCAGGGGGUUCUAAGCCUUUCCACAGGUCAAGACCAGGAAGACCUCAGAGCCUAAUCUUAUUCAGUCCCCCUUUCCCCAUUAUGGACCACCCACCCACCUCUUCCCCAGUGACAGAUUCUAAGAUUCUGCUGUCCCCAAUCAGAAGUCCAUCCCAGGCAAUUUCUCCUGGCAUUCUCUGUGGGGAGUUGGCAGAAAACACUUGGGUCACAGCAGAAGGUGUCACACUUAGGAAUAAAAUGACUAUUCCUAAGAAUGGCCAGAGACUAGAGACUUCAACCAGCUGUUUUUAUCAACCCCAGCGGAGAUCAGUGAUUCUGGAUGGAAGAAGUGGACGGCAGAUAGAAUAAUUUUUGGUCCAUCUGCUUGUUUGAAAAAUGCCAUGAUUCACCCAGAAGCUAUUAUAGGGCUAAGUUGACAUGACUUCAGGCACAGAUUACCCACAUAUAGGCUUAUUUUGGCCUCUACUCUGUCUUCAGCCUUUUGGCCAUUUAUUAUUAAUUAGUCUAUUUGUCAAGAGGAUAACAAGGGAAGGACCACAAGAUGAAAUUUAGAUAUGAACAGGCAGAAAAAGGCCAGCUAAGGGAGGAUAGCAUGCAUGAGAUAACAGGCUUGCUAGUGAGUUGUAUUA